AUGUCGUCGGAUGUGUUGAAGCAUCGGCACACGUCUGCUAUGGAAAAGAUCAUAAAGAACGCGGUGUCCGAAAGCAGCAAAGUUUUGGAGAAGAUGAUCGUGGAGCUGAGAGCUGAAAUACUCCAAGUGAAGAGUGAAAACGAGAAUUUAAAGAUCCGAUGCAGCCAGUUUGAAGCAGUGGUGAAAAAGGGCUCAGUAUACAGAGAAACUGGAACCUCUCCCGAGCCCUACAUCAUUGACAAGUGUGACAAGGCCGUGCAGUGCGAAAUUACAUUGCAUCAACCAGAGGACAAUCCAAUUAUUUCUGAUAAUGAAAGUGAGCGUUCGUCUAUGCCAGCUUAUGAAAAGGAGUCCUCAAAUGAUUCUUUUGAGUUCAUACAAAUAAUUGACGAUGAGCAGAGCCUUUGUGACUCACUUGAUGAAACCAUCAAAGAAACAUCUCUUAACCAAGAAACAAACACAAAUGAUGAUAGACCUGAGCAUGAAAAUAUGGCAAACAAGGAAAAGUCUAGUUGCCCAUCUAAAGAAGAAAUUGUAACCACCAUUUUAUCUUCAGAAAGUGAACUGAUCGAAGAGAGCUCUUGCAAAACGUAUGAAAUGGAAACGCCGGAAACUGUCAUCGAGGAUGCGGACAAUGAAUGUGCUGAAACAGAUGCUUCACUGUUGAAAUUCCAAAAAGAGGCACAGAAAGAACUGAAGAAGUCAUCCAGGAUGGAUCUGGUGAGAAGGGGGUGCAGAAAUGUUCUCUUGUGGACCGAUUGA